AUGGCAGGAAGCUGCCAACAGGGCACUGUCGAAGGCCCUUAUACCGCUCAAAAUGUGGCUUUCGAUGUUAUGUGCGGUCAGGGGUUAUCGGGUACGUCGUCUUACUCAAGUCAAGCUGCUAUGAAUGCUGGCACCAUUGAAGAGUGCAUGGUGGCAUGCGCAAAUGAUCCAUCAUGCAUUGCAAUAAUGUGGGAUGCCAUACCCAUUUGCUAUUUAUUCACCGAGGUUACUGGUUCGUACAGCUACUAUACCGAUAUAGCUGUCCGUCAGCAGCCAUCCACGUCGACAUCCUUGGAAUCAUCGACAACUUCUUCUGCGGCGGCUACAUCAUCUGCGGCACCGCAAUGCCAAGCGGGCACUUAUACAAGUUCUAGCGACAAUGUGCAGUUUAAUACUGCAUGUGGAAGAUAUUAUGUUGGCACUGAAAUCUCCAAUGCGGUCACUUCUGAUCUGCAAGAUUGCAUGGAUAUGUGCGCGAGUGACUCGACCUGCGUUGCAGUGUCUUUGGCAUACAGCGGCAAUGUCUGCCACCUCUUAAGUCACAUUGACUAUUCAACACCCGAUGCCUCCUGGGACCUGGGCGUUGUUUCAUCGCGGCCAUCUUUGACUUCUUCGACGUCUUCAGCUGAUUCAACAUCUUCAACUGACAUAACAUCUUCGGCUGACUCAACCUCAUCGGCACCCGCAGCAACAUCUUCAUCACCUCCAGCCUGCCAGGAUGGUACCUAUAGUGGUACAAUCAAUCAGUUUACAAUCACAUGUGAUGCCUCGCCAAAUGGGUAUCAAACGCUAUCUAGCCUUGGAACUGGAUAUACCCUGGAGACAUGCCUGCAGGCAUGCGAUGUAGAUAGCCAAUGCGAUGGUGCAGUCUUCGCAGAGCAAAACGGUUACUGCAUCGUAUACCUGGGUGCCUUAUCAGCCACGUACUCAAGUGUAGGCUCUGAUUACAUUUACAAAAUGCCUGCAUCAUCCUCAGCCUCCUCAACAUCAUCAGCAUCCCCAUCAUCUUCGUUGCUUUCAACAUCAUCAAUAUCCUUAACAUCUUCUACUACGUCUUCGUCGGCAUCAUCUACUACAUCAUCAGCACCAUUGACCUGCGCCCAACUGGGCGGCACCUACACUGGCGCUUCCAAUACGAUAUUUGAAGUUACUUGUGGAGCGGUACUGGGAGGCUCUUACUCUACAGUUGCUCUGGUUGACAGCUUUGAGCAAUGUAUGGACCUAUGUCAAAUCGAUUCGACUUGCAUUGGAGUAUCAUUUUUUGUCUCCAUGAGUCGUUGCUAUACGUUUGUUGAGUAUGUUAGUUCGACCGUGAUUGCUGUCUAUGAUCUGGCUAUUAUCCCAGCCCGAUUACCUUCGACGUCUUCAACAUUUUCAGCCGAUUCAACCUCAACACCCGCAACGUCUGCCUCAUUGACAACUGUAGCAUCUUCAACUGAAACCCUUACACCUACAUCCUCUACACCUACAUCUACAUCAUCUACGUCUGCUUCUUCAGAUACAUCGUCUUCACCUACGUCUUCUAUGGCUACAUCGUCUACGUUUACGUCUCUUACAUCAGCAUUUACGUCUUCGUCAGCUACGUCAUCUGAGUUUACGUCUUCCACAGCUACACUUUCUACAACUACCUCACUUACGACUACAACAUCCACCCCAUCUACAACCCUAUCAAUCUCUACCACUUUACCGACAUCAUCCAGAGCCCAUGUUCUCAGACACCACGUCAUGGUCGACAGUGGAAUCCAGGACGCAAUCUGA